AUUUAAUAUGGGAAGUGGAGCAGGUAAAUCUCUUACAAUUCCAGUGGUUUAUGCGGAAUCUUAGAAUAAUAAUCAUCUUGCAAAUUUUAAGACAACAAAUAAAUAGAAAUUUACAAUAACUGAUCCUUAUUCUAAACUUCAAUAAGGUUAUCUUACUAUUCCAUUAAUUGUCAGGAAGGUGGAUGAUAAAGAGCCAAUAAAGGUUGUUCAUGGUGUAGUAGGGUUGAAAAAUCUGGGUAACACAUGUUAUUUCAACAGUGCAAUACAUUGUUUAAGUCAUACAUAGCCUCUACUUGAUUAUAUGUUAUCGAGAGUUUUUGAGAAAGAAAUUAAUAGAAAUAGUAAACUUGGAUCAAGAGGAUAGGUGACUGAAUGUUUUGCUUAAUUGUUGAGCGAUAUUUGGAAGGAUGAAAGAAGUAUAGGAAUGAGUAGUAUAAAUCAGAUGAGUUUGAGUAUGGACAUGCAAAAGAAAUAAAAAUUAUAUGAGAAUUGGGUAGAUCCUUUGCGUUUAUUGACGUUGGUUUAGAAAUAUUCUAAGAGAUUCGAAAUAGGAUGUAAAUAAUUAAAACAUUUAUUAGAACAAGAGGAUUGUCAAGAAUUACUUAGCUAUUUAUUAGAUAUGAUUCAUGAAGAUUUAAAUAGAUGUAAGAAGAAAGAAUCAAUUACAGAAAAGGAUUACAUAGGUGAACCAAAAGAAGAAUGGGCAGCAGAAUCAUGGGGUGAACAUCUCAAAAUUAAUAAGAGUAUUGUGGUUGAUUUGUUUUAGGGAUAAUUGAAAUCUAAAGUAGAAUGCAAAACAUGUAAAUAUUAGAGUCAUAAAUGGGAACCUUUCUUGUUUCUUAAUUUACCAAUUAAAUAAUCAUAAUCUGAAUAAUCAUAAAAAUUAAAUUAAUCUAAAGUUAUGGGCAAUUCAUAAUUAAAGCAAGAUAACUAAUGUUCAUUAACAGAUUGUUUGGAUCAAUUUUAAUAAGAAGAAACUAUUCAAUGGAAAUGUCCAUAAUGUAAAGUAACUAGGGAUUGUAAAAAAGGUAUAAGAAUAUGGAAAUUACCCAAUAUUUUAAUCAUUCACCUCAAGAGAUUCGAGUUUGGAACUAAAGUGUUAGGCAAAAUCACAUCAAAAGUUAUCUUUCCUCUCAAAGAUCUAAAUAUGUCUACUUAUUGUUUCGACUAGGGCAACAUGAUUUAUAAUUUAUAUGCAGUAGCCUAACAUCAUGGUUCAUUAUAAUAUGGCCAUUAUGUUUCUAUAUGUUAGCAUAGAGUUGAUAAUUAAUGGUAUAUGUACAAUGAUGAUGCAGUUUUAAAGGUAUUUUUUUAAUCGAACCUAGAUUCAAAAUCCUGAAAAGAUGAUUGUAAAUGAAUAUGCUUAUGUUCUAUUUUAUUAAAAAUAAACAGAAUCUAUUUAUAGAUAAACUAUUACUGAUCCUAGUUAUUGGCCUCAUAAUUAAAGUGAUAAAAAAUAAACAUAAGGUGUCCCACUUAAAGAUGAAUCAAAAUAAUAAACAUUAACACUUAUGGAUUAUGAAGAAACUGAAUAAAAAGGUUAACUAGAUGACACAAGUCCUCAAAAUAUUUCACGCAAUUCUAUUAAAUUAGAAUCUUAAGAUUUCAGUUAAAUGGAAUCUUUAAAUUUCAAUAGACUCGAAUCUUAAAACGGAAAGAAAAAAAAUGUCCCUAAUCCUAUUAUUAGAGAAUAAAAUAAUAAAUCAAACUCUAUUUAUAAAAGAUCACGUCCUUCUGAUGAUAAUUAUAGUAAUAGUGAUCAAUAAACUUCUAUUCCUAUAAUUAGAGAAUAAAACAAUAAAUCAAAUUCUAUUUAUAAAAGAUCACGUCCUUCAAAUGAUAAUUAGAGUGACAAUUAUCAAUAAAUUUCUAUAACUAAAUUAUAAGAAGAGGUAUAUAUAUAAGUAUUAUUAAUUUUAAAGUGGGGUUUUUUACCAGAUAGUAACACACAAAAAUAAAUGGACAAGAAAGUAGAAAAAAAGUUUGUAGAGAUGAGAGCCAAAAAUACUCGUAAAUGA